GUUCACUGGCGCACGGUCUGCAAGUACAUUGACGUCUCUGCCGCGCCAUCUUUAGAAAACAUUGAGCUGGACACUGAAUGAAACUUAAUUUUAGCCGUUUCUAAAAACUACUCGCUGCAUGGAGUGAUAUCCCCUUUUCUCCAGGUGUUUGAUCAGUAGAGGAGGGGAACAUGGGGAUAAAGGUGCAGCGCCCUCGGUGCUUCCUGGACAUUGGGAUUGGAAAUGUGCUCAUCGGCAGAGUUGUUGUGGAAUUGUUUUCAGACAUCUGCCCCAAAACAUGUGAAAACUUCAGAUGCCUCUGCACAGGUGAAAAAGGCGUCGGUAAAGGAACUCAGAAACCUCUGCACUACAAAGGAUGCUUGUUUCAUCGAAUUGUUAAAGACUUCAUGAUUCAAGGAGGUGACUUCAGUGAAGGCAAUGGAAGAGGAGGUGAAUCGAUCUAUGGAGGCUUUUUUGAAGAUGAAAGUUUUGCAGUUAAACACAACAAGGAGUACCUGCUGUCUAUGGCCAACAGGGGCAAAGAUACUAAUGGAUCCCAGUUUUUCAUAACUACAAAACCCUCACCACAUCUGGAUGGUGUCCAUGUGGUUUUUGGUCAUGUGAUCUCUGGUCAAGAGGUCGUUCAAACUAUGGAAAACCAGAAAACGGAUCACAACAGCAAGCCAUAUGCUGAUGUGAAGGUUUUAAACUGUGGAGAACUUGUCCCUAAAUCAAAAGCCAAAAAAGAUGGAAAAAAGAAAGAGAAGGCCUCAUCUAGUUCCAGCAGUAGUUCCAGUGAGUCUGAGAGCUCAUCAGAAUCAUCCUCUGAAUCUGAAGAAUCUGAGAAAGAAUCUAAGAAGCGGAAAAAGAAGGCAAAAAAGCAAAAGAAACUGAAGAAGAAGGAAAAGAAACAAAGGUCAGAGACAGUAGAGAGUGUUGAAGAGAAAGAAGAAGAAAAAGAAGAGGAAGAGUUGGUUACAUCUACUGUGCGUCCUGAAGAAAUUCCACCCAUCCCUGAAAACCGAUUUCUCAUGAGGAGAAGCCCCCAGUCUGUCCAGAAGUUAAAAGAAGAGCCUAAAAAGGAUCUGCGAACUAAAGAUGAAAGACAAAGAGAAAGCACUGGAUUAUCAUAUAAUUCUCAGUCAACAUAUCAAAGGAGACUGGUGAUGACACGAUCUGGAAGGAAAAUAAAAGGCAGGGGUCCGAGGAGAUAUCGGACUCCCUCACGUUCUCGAUCAAGGUCCCGAGAUCGUUUUUGGCGCAGUGAAACUCCUCCUCACUGGCGUCAGGAGAUGCAGCGACAGAGGAUGAGAGCCGUCACUGGAGAGCGCUGGAUUAAGGGUGACAGAGGUGAUAUGAAUGACAACAAGGACGAAGCUCCAAGAAGAGAGAGGCGGUCCUCAAAGACAAAGCACGAACACUCAACUGAAGGUAAAAAAGACAAGAAAACAAGAUCUCAUAGAUCCAGAAGCAAAGACGAUGAUGAUGAAGUCAAGGACGAGAAGCAUAGCAAACACAAGGUGAAGAAACGAGCUGAAAGCCGCAGUAAAAGCAGAGAAAAGAGGAGAAGGUCUAUAAGCAAAGAGAAGGGAAACAAGAGUCAUAAAAGUGAUGAGAGAAGAGGUCACUCCAGGAGCAAAGAGAAAGAUGUGUCCAGGAAAGAAAAGGAGUCAGAGUCUGAUCAGGUUAAAGAGAAAACUAAACAUGGUGAAUCUGAUAAAAAGCAUAAAGAGGAUACAAAAGGAAGAAAUGGUGAGAGAACUAGGACAAAGUCACAAAGCAAGGACAGACCCACAAAAGAUGGGCACAGAUCCAGUAGCAGGAAUAGGGAUAGGGGUGGUCCUGCUGGAUCUAAAGACAAAGAGGAAAGGCGAGAGAAGGACAGAGACAGAGGCAGGGACCGAAGUAGAAGUCAGGAAAGACGACACAACAGUGAAAGGGAGAAUAAGAGGAGAGGAUCAUCCAGGAGUAGAGACCGUCGAACCAGAAGCCCAGACAGGAGUAAGACCAGAGACUCACACCGGAGCAGACGCUCCAGAAGCAAGAGUAACAAGAGAGAUGGGAGCAAAGAGCGUCCCUCUCACAGGAAGGACAAAGACCGAGAAGCUGCCAACCAAAAGAGACGACACAGCAGCAGUUCUGACAGCGAGAGAGACGAGAAAAGAAAGAGUCACAAGAGCCCCGAUUCCAAACGGAGAAGUGCAAAUCGUCCCUCUGAAUCCAAAGACAGAAGAAGUCCAGCAAGACCGAGACCGGAUAGUACAAAAGGCCAAAACAGAAGUGGCAGCAAAAGGAAUAAGUCCAGCUCCAGCUCCAGCUCUGACAGCGACUGAGCUCGAGGUGGUAUCAUAAAGGAACAGAUUGAGACUUUUUACAUGUUUUGUACCCAUUACUCAUGUAGAAUGAAGCAUCUGCUUUCUGUCAACAGUCAAAUCCCACUGGUUGGGCACUGAUUCUGUCCCCUUCUAGCCCAAAAGACAAAAAAGUUUGCAGAUAAAUUAAACGUUCCAUGUUGUAAAGAUAAACUUCCAACACUAUUAAGAAACAUACCUCCAGCUUAGUAUCAUGGAACCUUUUAUCUGCAGUGGGGACUAUUUUAAAUCGGAACUGUGAAUUUGACCCACCAGUUGUAUUUGACUGCCGAUGGGAAGCGAACGCCGUGUGCCCAGUUUUAGAGCAACAGGUUUGUGUUUCCAGUAUGUACUACAGCAAAUAAGGUUCACAGAUUCAACCAAGAGGAUUCCUUUAAUUAUCCAUGAGAUGAGGGUUUAGUUUGGAGGCUGUGCUUUUCAUUUUAGUUUUUGGUAAAUUAUGUUUUGGCAUUAGAGCAGCUCCAAUUUCAGACAAUUUGUUAAAAAAAAAGGAGAAAAAAAAUGAAAACAGUUUUUACUGCAAAAGAGAUGAUUUUAAAGCCUCUCCCCCUGAAUACAUUUUCUACUCUUAAUUUGUUUUUAUGCUAUUUAACCCAGUUGGUUUGGGGAGAAGGAUUGCCUUUAAGUUUGUCAAAUAACUGUUUGUUGUUGUAGUUAGUGUAACUGCAACAGUCACAAUUAUACUUUGAUGCAUGUUUAUCCCUGUCAUUGUUAGAUAAUACAGGAACAUCCAUGACUUUUUUUUGUACAUCCAUGACCUUUUACUGUAAUCCUGUUUGUAAUUUUGAGAUACCUCUGGUUUACAUUUUGAAUGGAGAAAUGUCAUUGCCAUGCUGUAAGUACAACAUAAAAUCAAUUUGUAUAAUUUGUGUUUUGUGCAAGUUGGUUUUACGAUGUCCACAGGACUUGCUGCAUUGUAGAUGGAAUUAAAAUGCCUGAAUAUUA